AUGCACCGUUUGGACGGCCAGGCGCCGCUUGCGAGCGCACGUAGCUCGCGUGCAGGAUCAACUAGGCCGCAACAUGCACAUGGCCUUAACGGUGCUGCUCAACUGGCGGAAGAGCGUGCGCUGGGCGAGAGCCAGUCUGAGGAGGCCACGACAACGCGCACGUCUGCGUCGGAGAGCGAGGAGCGCACCCCGGCCGCAGUUGCCUCGGAAAUACGCGAGCGGCUUUCGCUCGCAGCGGAGCGCAGACGCGAAGGCGCAGCACAACAAGCCGCGCCACAGAAUACAGCGCGCACGGCGCGAGGGGGCGACGAGCCGAGGCCGCAAGGCGCACGCGCACUUCCUCCAGUGCCACCCGUGGCUGCUGUAGGGCGCCCGGCACCUCGCGUGCGUGGUGCACACGCGGCGCCUGCCAGAAGCCAAACCGAGAUGCCCAGCGCGCGGCUGCGGGCGUCUGCUUCGCGCGAGGCCGCGUUUGCUCGCCUGCAAGAGCAGGUCCAGGAUAUCGAGCGUGCGAUGAACGAUACGACGCCAUCGCCGCCCAUUGAACAGCAUGCAGCGCCGCGCGAAGAUGCGCGACAAGACACUGCGCCCGCUGCGCCCGCACAAGAGCGUUCCGAGCAGCCUGCACGUACGCGACGACGCGAAUCGCGCCGGAAUCGGCGCUCCAAUACCUUACUUGCUACACUUUCGCAGCACACUCACGCAGGUCCCGGCGCGCUGCUGCCCUCACUGUACGGCUACUUUUCUGAUGAGCCUGCACCUACAGCGCUGCGCCCCGCUGCUGGCGCACGAGCCGCACAGUCCGGCGACGGACAAGCGCACGUCAACACAAACGCACCUGCGCGUAUGCACCCCGACGUUGCCGAACGCAUUCUUGCGAGCGGUCCGAGCAUUUCCAACAUUGAGCCCGCUGCGAAUGUGCUGCUCACGCCCGGCGCUGGAGCCCGUGUGCACGCUGCCAAGCUGCGUAACAGGCAUGUCCAGCCCGGCUCUGUAGCCUACGCACCUGGUGUGCUAUCCAACAUUGCUGACACGUCCCCCGCGCACGACGCGCAACUAUCACGUCGGUUCGAAGAAAAUGCAGUGCUUUCUUUUUUGUGGCGUCUCGACAACAGCACACAGUUUUUAGGCGAGCUGCGCAAGGGCGAAAAGAAGCACGAAGGAUGGAAUAUGCGCCCGUUAUUUGGCAACGAGCAGUGGCUCCUGUCUCUUGCAGCAGUGCCAGACCACACGCUCACGGUCCAUCUCACGAACCUUGCGAUGCCUUCCGUCCCAUUUUCUGCCGCACUUUCGGCGCAGGUCAUGUUUGGCAUUCGUGCGCCUUCGCAGCUGCUCCGCAUGCCGCGCAUGCUGGAGUCUGAGUACCUUUGGCGCGUGUUUCUCCCGUACACAUUUUCCCAGGACAACACCACCCUUUCCUCCCCUGAAAUCCCAAACUUGGAUGAGCUUUUGAGUGACCCAAUGAUUUGCGCAAGCGAUGCAUUUGAGCUGGUCGUCCAAGUUGCGUGCGGCCCCUCGGUCCUGCCCGAGCGCAGCGCCGAGCCACAAAGCUCGAUUCGCCUGCCAUUUGAAACGAGCGAUACGGUGAAUGUGCCGCGCUCCUUGGUCCAGUCUUUGGGCAACUUUGUUGACGAUGCGAGCACUGGCGACUUGAUGAUUAUUGUGCGCGAAAAAGGCAUCCAGCAGCUUCCUUCGAAAGAGCUCGCGGAGAGUGUGGGCCUCACGUCCUUUGUCCAGCCGUGGCCCACCGGCACGCCGAUGCCCACCAACGAGCUCGACGAACCCGCGAUGUUUGUGCGCGAUCGCGUUCUUUGGGCGCAUUCUGCCAUUCUCCGUGCGCGCAGUGAGUUUUUCGCCACGAUGCUCGAUUCGAGUUUCAGCGAGAGUCUCCAGCACGAUACGAGCACGAAUGGCGGCCGCACGCACGACGCGUUUCGACGCCCGUACCGCGUUCUUCGGAUCCCCGACGCGGAUUACGUCUCCAUGUACUGGCUCCUGCGCUACCUUUACACAGAAGACGUGCAGUUGCUAAAAAAAGAGGAUAUCCAAGCGGUAACUCUCGACGACCACUGGAUUCUCGGCCAAGAAUCCAGCUCGACAAAGCCGGAUUGGAAAUGGCGCAGCAUCGAGAUGCCCAGUGGCCUAGACGAUUCGAUGGGCGAUGAGGAACUGAGCUUUUCGCGCUACUCGCAGUCGAUUGCGCGGACACCAAUGCAGGUUGGCGCGACGUCCAACCCCGUGCUUUCUGACAUGUACAAUGCACGCCACGUCGAGGUGGCCAUGGGCUCUGACGGCGGCACACUGCAGUACAAAACGGAAAAGAGCGAGCGCGUUAUGCCGCGCUCGCAGUCUGGCAUGCUCUCCAGCACAGUCCCGAGCCAAAACAAGUCGGAUCCGCACCCACACCCUCCGAUGCUGCCUGUAUCGCCGGCGUCGGCAUUGUCAAUGUACCGCCUGGCCCAUCGAUACAAUAUUUUGCCGCUGUGCGACAUUACCAAUGCACACAUUAUUGCGCAGCUGACGCCGGAAAAUGCGACCAACUACCUCUUGUGCACCGCGCUCUUCGACCAGCUGCAAUUCUCUAUCCAAACCUAUAUUUGUGCGUACACUCCAUGCUAA